GUCAACGGAACAGAAGGGGUGCUCUAAUGGUCUCGUGUGAGAACCUUCUGGCAGACAGUGAACUGUUUGGUUCACACGAGGGAUCGCUCAAAGGGUUCAGAGGGCGUCAACUGGUCAACAGAAAGAGUGGCGGAAUUUUCUCGAAUCCGUUUAAAAGCGAUGGCGAAAAGAUGGACCAAUUGACUGAUCUGCUCAACCUAUACGGCCAGACAGGUAUACCGGAGCAGUCGGGUCUACUCACGUUCCGCGCCGACAGUCAACAAAGUGGCGGCAAUGGGAGCGCCGCCACCGCCGCCGCCAUCGCCGCAGCCGUCGGUGAUGUGAAAGACAUGUAUUAUUUGGAAGAGCACUGGAAGUCGAUUGUAGCCAAUAGUGAAGAUCUGCCAAAAAGGGUUCAAAACCAAAACGACGCGAUUUGGGAAUUGCUUCAAACAGAAGUGUUUUAUUUGAGACGAUUAAAAGUGAUUACAGAUCUAUUCCUGUCAUGUCUUUGCAAUCUCCAGAGCGAGUGUCUCCUCAAUGAGAUCGAUACGACAAAGAUGUUCAGCAAUAUAGUGGAAGUGAGUGCUGCUAACCAUGAGUUCUGGUUCGAGCACUUG